UACAUUUUGCGCAACGGAACCCACGUAUCACCUCUCACUGCUUCUGCGAUCUGCAUUACUUACAUUGUCAUUUUACUGCCUUAAUUGCCGGUUCAAACGGUAGUCGAAGUAUGGACCAGGAGGUGAAAGUUCGUUUGAAAAGAGGAAAAACAGACUCCGAAAAAAAGGCGAUUAGGAGAGAGCGCAACAAAAGAUACGGUCAGAAAACGUUUCAGGUUCCAGUUGAACUCACGAAGGAGCUGAGGAGAAUCGGCGAAGUGGAAGGGUUGUCAUCCGACAGGGAUGUUCUAUCCCAUCUCGUAUCUAUGUACAAGGUACAAGAAGAGCAGUCCCGAAAUUCAGAAGAAAAUCUUGAUGUUUCAACUCCUCGUCAUAAAGAAGUCGGCACUCCAUUGUCCGCAAAGAGCAUUCCAUUUUUCAACUCCCCACUGGUGCCCAGAAUGGAAAAGAGAACACAACGCAUUCCAGAUUCACAGUCAGACAGGUCUGGAACAUCAAUAUCCGGGAUAGAAGAAAUGAGUGUGAGCGACAUGGAGCCAAUAGCAGAGUUGGAAAGUCCACAAAAUCAAGAUAGACCUAAGGUUCUCGAUGAAAUGACAGAUCAAGAGAGUAUGCAGAACCACGAACAAUCUGAAAAUUAUUUUGAAGCCAUAGAAGAGGGGGAUUUCAUUUACCCACUUGAUACAGAAUCGGAUGAGGAAGAUGUAGAGCUCUGGCAUCCAACUUACUAUCAAGAGAGAGCCAUUGCCAAGACCCUGCCACGCAUGGAUGUGGAGGAGGAGGUUUUUGGCAUUGAGAGCGAAGCGGAGGAGGAGGAGGAGCGCGAAACAAGAAGUGUGUCCGGCCUCCACAAAACCCUGAUGACCGGAGAGGAGGCAGAGAAGUCAAGGUUGUUUAUAGCUUCAGAGGGAGCACUAAAGGUGCUUGCAAAAGAGGCCAGGAAAAUGUGCAAAGUGUGCGAGGAACCUAAUCAGGUGACCGUUAAUCCAUCGGGCACAUCAGGGCACAUUGAGUGGACUUGCAGCAAUGGUCACAAUGAUAGAUUUUGCAUCCAGGAGACUAUCAACAGAACCCAUGUAGGUGACGUAAAGUUAGCCACCUCCAUAUUUGUGUCGGGCAACAAUUACCUAAAGGUCCGGCACAUGUUGGAGGUGAUGGGCCUGCACCCUAUCUCCAGCAGGCUUUUUCACUCGAUGCAGAGCCAUUACGUUUGCCCAGAGGUAGAGGAUAGCUUCAACAAGUAUUUAACUGAAAAGGCCAAUGAACUCAAGGAGAAAGAUGUUGUUGUGUGUGGUGAUGCAAGGAACGACUCGCCAGGAUUUAGUGCGCAGUACUGCACAUACACAUUAUUGGAUGAGGAGAGUAAGGACAUUGUCCAUGUCGAAUUCAUGGACAAGCGAGAGGCAGGGGACAAGAGUCCAAAUAUGGAGCCUCUUGCUCUUGAGCGUGCUUUGGAGGCUGUAAAGGCGAAAGGUGUCAGCCUCUCGGAGCUUGUGACGGACGCUCACAGCACAAUUGCUGGAAUGAUCAAGAGGGAUUACCCAGAACUGAGGCACAGUUGGGACAUAUGGCAUGGUGCAAAAAAUCUUGGCAAGAAGUUAACCAAGGCCGCAAGUACAGCAAAGACAAAACCACUCAGGUAUUGGGUGAAACGCCUUGUGAAUCACUUCUGGCAUUGUGCUGAGACAUGCGAGGGCAAGGUAGACCUUUUUUACAGCAAGUGGAGAGGAAUAGUGCAUCAUGUUUGUAACAAGCAUGAGUGGCUGUUAACUGAAGGCCUCGGGGGAGAGCCACGAUGUGAGCAUGGCGAUAUCGAAGAAAGGGAGGAGUGGCUCCUGCCCGGUUCACCACCCCACAAGGCUCUUGUCCGAUUAGUGAUGGACAAGAAGUUCUUGAAUACUCUGGUGAAAUUUGUGAACUUCAGACAUACAGGAGAGCUAGAGGUACUACAUAACCAUAUUCUGAUGUAUUGUUCGAAGAGAUAUUCAUUUGGUUAUGCAGCAUACAGGGCCCGCAAUCUUCUCGCUAUGAUAGAUUAUCAAGAGCACAAGGACAGACCACUAGCAGUAAAGGAGAAUGGAGAUCCAAAAUUGCGAGCUAAAUGGUCCAAGCAUGCAGGUGACUGGGUGACAACCAAGGUCCGAACUGCUAAGAAGUACACUUAUAUGCCAGGGAUGGUGAGUCGCAUCCUAGAACGGAGAUGCCGAGAUGACCAACCUCUGCAUCGGCCAGCAGUAAUGCUUCCAAAUGACCCAAGGCAGAUCCGUAAAAGUCUGGCACCACUUCCAAGGCCACCGAUGGAAAACCUCCUUGAGAAAAAAAAGAGCAGGUUUAAUUAGAAUGAGAACUGUCUGAAAAGGCAACAAAAAUGAGGAGGGACAGAUUCUUAUUGUAGAACUAUCAUCUGCAUUGAAAAAAAAUCAUAGUUUAAACUUAAAGUUGUAAGGAGAUACAUGUCAAAGAUUGCAAAACUGCUAGUUGUGUGAAGUAUUCUGAUACAUUUCAAGUAGAUUUUGAAGAACUGGAGGCCUCAAUUUUUAAUUUGAGUUUAUUUGAUGUGAAAAUUCUGCAUUUUGCCAUAUGUUACACUUUUUUUGUUAAAGAAGAAAUUUCUUCUCUGCUUUGUGUUGAUAAGUGUUGACAGUGCUAAUUUAUAUACAAUUAUUUUAACUUACACAAGAAUGCAUGAUGGAAACCUGUGUAGUGGUCAUUGGGAUCUGGGUAGCGAGAUCUUGUACGGGUCACAACACAGCUCGGAAUAACAACCCUAUUCCCAGCACCCAGACGUCCAUGCUGCCACAAAGUAUAUGACCGAUACACUUGCCACCUGAUCCGGUUGUGCUCUGCACCAGGUGCCUGAUUGUCAUCUUCUAGAUUGUGAGCUUCACGGGCACCUCGUCUCUGAAGGUUGACCACAAAAGGGUCUAGAAUUGCUGCAAAGUGCUGCAUGAUUGAGACAAAAAGGCAAAAAUUUAUUGGAUUAUCUGUUAUUGAAAUUUGUGUUGUGAUACCUGACGGUACAAAAAGUAUGUCAAACCAUGCAAUACUGUUAUGCCACGUGUUUGGCUGUAAUAUGUACACUCUCACAUUCUUCCAGAAAUUGAGAAAUACAUUGAUUCAAAUGCACAAAUAUGUAUUGUCGAGUUGAUUUGCAUGCUUAUUAUCGCACCAUGUUGUAAGAUGUUUAGAUAUUAAAGUGGAUAUUUUAUGGCUCCGUUCAUCAAAGUUUGUAUCGAGGGCAUGAUGUUUUAGGAUGUCUGUCCUGUUUUCUUUUUUGCAAUAAUUUGAUGUAUUACAUUCAACUUGGAUCCUAUAUGCAUAACUUUUGUUUGGUGGAUAAACUUGAGCAUUAUAUUGUAUGUAUAUAAAGGUGGCUAACUCAAAUUUUGGACGCAUCAAGAUCAUAUAUCCCAGAGGUCAUUAUCGACCUAAAAAUAUUCUCACAAUAAUUAAGGAGCCUUUUCAAGAACAUUUAACUUGAAUCAUGUGUGCAUAUAGCAAUGUCAAUCAUCUGAUUACUUAUGGGGGAAAGAAAGUCAAAGAUCGCAGAUAUCAUUCGCCUGAACGCUGCUGGAAUGCAUUGUAUCCCAUUAAUAUCAUAUUGUCCUCAAAAAAGUGACAAGAAAUGUAUGUUAUCCUAUGGCUUUGUGAGCAGAAAUGUUCAUUAAAUCUAACAUACUAUAGAAAAUUUUCCAUUAUCAGGCAUCAAUGGUCAUUAAAGUUGACAAAAGAGGUGAUUUUUCUUAAUCGAUUCCCUCCCACCUUCCAAUAAUUGUGCUUUUAUUCAUAUGAAAACAAGCCCUUCACUAUUUGAGUAUUCAUUUGUCAUUGCCCUUUCUCAAUUUUGUAACAUGAUAAUUCUACGAGUAUGCUGAACAUAACAAAAGGGAAAAUCAGGAUGCGGCAUCAUCAGCCCAUUCAUUGCAGAUUCAUGACGUGCAUAUAAAUAUUUUACCAAAGCUAUGCAAAACUUGAAAAUUCAAUAACUUGAUCAUGAAUUUGUUAUUCAUCUAAUUUUGGUGAACUUUUUAAUGUUAUGGUUGUCUAUUUUCCCGAUACCUAUUCAAAUCAUACUUUAUUUCUUGCCUAGAGUCUUUUUGGGCUGAUGUGAUUAUUUCGAUAGGAGAAUUCAUCUGUGGUAUUGUUGGGGAAGACGUAAAUGUAUUGAAAAGGAACAUCAAUUAUGUGUAAAUUCAUGUAAGAAGAAUGUAUCCGCACCUCUGUGAGUGAAAUACAAUUUACUGGCUGGAGCCCACAACACACCAUCUCAACAUCUCGCCGCAUUGGCCUACAAUUUGUGCAGACGCACCAUCCCGGCAACAAAUUUUCAGGUGGUUGUGGUUGGCGCUCUUGUUCAGGGGGUGCUCUCAUGAGGUCAAGCAGCAUACCGCUAUUACGCUCAGCUACACUGAGCAUUAACUGCUGAAUUUCUUCCAAGGUAAAGUUGAGAAUAAGCUCCUUGACAAUAAAAGAUAGAGAAAAGGAAAA